GCACACACAUUAGUGGAUAUAUUAGUUGAUUUUGUCAGGGUUGAACUGUCUUGCCGCCACUUGUUGCUGCUGUGUGAAGUUGCGAGUCGCGUCUUACUUUCAUGAAACACUUUUUCACAACAUAUGCGGAGCACGCGCUCUCCCGAUGUGUGACGAAGGCGAGGGGCCCCGUGUCUCCUCUUCCUCCUCCCCACCACCACCCUCCUCCUCUCCCGCUCAGCUCCCACAGAAACCCCCGGUGCGGCGGGCAUCUGCGCCACUUCCACGCACCGACCCCCCGGACGCGCGAUCCAGAGACGCGUCGCCCGGCGAUCCGCAUGAGUUCAUCAAGCGCACACCGGCGUGUUUCGGGCGAUGCUGCGGAGCGUCUCCGGUGCGCGGCGGUCUUCAGCACCACGGACAGCGGCGCAACACUCCUCGCGCACCGGAUCAUGAGCCCGACAGCCCGGAGGAGUUUCUUCUAGAGACCCCGCGCAACUGCGCUCUGCCUCGCGCGUCAGAGGUCAUGCAUCGCAGGCACACCACCCUACGAGAGAAGGGGCGUCGGCAAGCCAUCCGAGGCCCCGCCUACAUGUUCAACGAGCGUGGCACAAGCCUUACGGCAGAGGAGGAACGUUUCCUUGAUGCUGCGGAGUACGGCAAUAUUCCUGUUGUCCGCAAGAUGUUGGAGGAGUCCAAAACGCUCAACUUCAACUGCGUGGACUACAUGGGCCAAAACGCGUUGCAGCUCGCCGUUGGCAACGAGCACCUGGAAGUCACUGAGCUCCUCCUGAAGAAGGACGGAAUGGCCCGCGUGGGCGACGCGCUCCUGUUGGCUAUCAGCAAAGGCUACGUGCGAAUCGUGGAGGCCAUACUGGCCCACCCAGCGUUCGCUGGAGGUCUGAGGUUGACCUUGAGCCCGUUGGAGCAGGAGUUGAGGGACGACGACUUCUACGCCUACGACGAGGACGGAACGCGUUUUUCCCACGACGUGACCCCUGUGAUACUGGCCGCACACUGCCAGGAGUACGAGAUCGUCCACAUCUUGUUGAUGAAGGGCGCCAGGAUCGAACGGCCCCACGACUACUUCUGCAAGUGCUGCGAGUGCACGGAGAAACAGAGACGAGACUCCUUCAGCCACUCCAGAUCGCGCAUGAACGCGUACAAAGGGCUCGCCAGCGCCGCCUACCUGUCGCUCUCCAGCGAAGACCCCGUGCUCACCUCUUUAGAGCUCAGCAACGAGCUCGCACGCCUCGCCAACAUAGAGACAGAGUUUAAGGUAAGACACCAGUUCACACUAGGCAUGGGCCAGCAUGAGAUUUUGACGGUACGAUAG